AGCGACGACAACACCACCCUCCCCCGCCACUCCAGUGGUCUGGCGUUUUCCAUAAAUAAGAAGCACCGCGCUCUCUUCUUCCUUUUCUUCGAAGUUAGAAUACAGAACACACCACGGUCCACGGCUCGACGCUUUCUCUCUCUCUCUUCCCGUGUUCGAAAAUGGUGACACGAAGGCUAGCGCAGGUAUCAACAAGCGACGAUGAGGGUGCUCCGAAGCCUUCGAGCAGCGACGAUAACACCACCCUCCCCCGCCACAAUAGCCGCACUCGCCGCCGUGGUAGUCGCACCAGCAGCCGCCGAGAACCGCCCCCUCCGCCGCCAAAGCGCCGUAAAAAGGUCCAGAUUCCCGACGAAGAUGACGAUGAAGAGGAACCAGAGGAAGCCGGAAUUCGAGAGGAAGAGGAGGAGGAGGAGGAGGAAGAAGAAGAAGAUGAUGAUGAAGAAGAAGAGUCUAUUCAGGAGGAUGCCAAGACUAUUGGUGAUGUAAUUAGGGUUUCUGGUAAAGGCAGAGGUCAGAAGAAGCAUUAUAAAGAGUUCGAGUUUGAUGGUAAUCGUUUUGUGCUUGAGGAUCCUGUGCUAUUGACCCCGGAGGAUAAGAGUCAGAAGCCUUAUGUGGCAAUUAUAAAGGAUAUAGCUCAAUCCACAAAAGGGGCCAUCAUGGUCACCGGACAGUGGUUCUACCGUCCUGAAGAAGCUGACAGGAAAGGUGGUGGAAGCUGGCAAGCUGGUGAUACAAGAGAGCUUUUCUAUAGUUUCCACCGUGAUGAUGUUCCUGCAGAAUCUGUGAUGCACAAGUGCGUAGUGCACUUUGUGCCAUUGCACAAGCAGCUGCCCAGCCGCAAACAACACCCUGGUUUCAUCGUGCAGAAGGUGUAUGACACCGUGGAGAAGAAGCUGUGGAAGCUAACAGAUAAAGAUUAUGAGGAUGGUAAACAGGAGGAGAUUGAUGUUCUGGUGCUGAAAACAAUAUCCCGUCUUGGAGAUCUUCCUGACAUUGAGACAGAGGAUACUCCUACAGUUCAGCUGGAGGAGCUGGUAAGAAACAAGCGAAUGCUGAGAAAGCGACACAUAUCUCCGCUUGAUGUCUCAAGGGAGGAUGAAGGGACACUAAGAUCUCCUAGAAUGGAGACGCCGGGAAGCUGUAUUAACAAUGGAUCCAAAUACUAUAUCAUCUUGGCUGAAGCAAAGGCGCUAACCAAGGAAACACAGCGAGAUAAAUGGCUGGAGAAGCUUCUCCAAGGAGUUGAGCCUGUCUGUUCAUCGACUGACAGUGUGCAGGGAGAAAAGAGAGGAAUCAGUGGAGCUAAUACCAUCAACAAUUCUAAUUUUGAUAAGGAUAACCGAGAAGAAAGUGUGAAGGGUAACAAUAGUCUUCCAUGGCCAGAUUCUGCUGUUUCAGCCAUUGUUGCUUUGGAGAAGGCUUCCCAUGAGGCAUUUUAUUCAGAUUUUAGCAAGUAUAACCAGAAAAUGAGACAGCUGUAUUAUAACCUCAAGGGUAAACUAGCUCGGCGGUUGUUGAGUGGAGAUUUAGAACCUUCAAAAAUUCUGAACAUGACACCGAAUGAAUUAAAGGAGGGUUUAACUGCAGAGGAAAUAGCUAAAAAUCAGCCCGAAGAGGCAGCGAGAAUGCAGAUGACAGACGCUCUCUGCAAAAGGUGCAACGUGAGGAAAGUUGGUCUUGUAGAUAUCAUACAAGCAGGUCAUGGUGAUCGCUAUCAGUUGGAGUGCGUUGCGUGUGGUAAUACAUGGUAUGCUUCUAGAGACGAGGCAGCUAUGCUGACGAUAGAUGGUCCCAGCGCAGUUAGCAGUGUUGGUACAGCACCAUGGGCCACUGCAAAGUUUGAAAAUGUAGAGAAAAAGAAGAUGCUUAGUCCCCGUGACACAGACAAGGUAGAUUCUGUAAAGAAAAACAUGGAAAGUUCCACACCAGUUUUAGAGACUCAGAAGCCUUUCAACAAGUCCAGGGCCGACGGCAUAACGUCUCCAAGAAACCCUGAAUAGCUGCUGGAUGAAGUUUUAGUUUAGAUUUAACCAUUUAUAAAUAGAAUCGCCAACGUAGAGCUUCUUGUAUAUAUAAAUAUACCUUGAUGUUUCGGUUAGAAGACGGUCCACAUAUAUAUGAGACCGUAGUAGGCACAUUAGCUCAAAAAAAAAAAGUAGAAAAUAUCAUUACGGGUUAGCCUCUGCUGUUGUAGGAGCAAUGAUCCCUGAAUUUAUUUAUGAUAGUAUUCCAUGGUGUAAAGAAAUAGAGUAGUUUUAUCACUUA